GUACUUCACAGGUCUGCUCGCCCCAUGGAAGGGCAUUCUGCUCUUCGGUCCUCCGGGAACAGGCAAGACGAUGCUAGCCAAGGCGGUGGCCACGGAGUGUCGCACCACCUUUUUCAAUGUCUCUGCAUCCACGCUCGUCAGCAAGUGGCGCGGCGAUUCCGAGAAGCUGGUGCGAAUGUUGUUUGACGUGGCGCGUGCCCUGGCCCCCUCCACCAUCUUUCUGGACGAGGUGGACGCUCUCAUCAGCCACCGGGGGGGCGGCACCGGGGAACACGAGGCCUCAAGACGACUUAAGACAGAGCUGCUCGUGCAGAUGGACGGGCUGAGCAGCUCAUCGGACCUGGUGUUUGUGCUGGCCGCCACCAACCUGCCCUGGGAGCUUGACACUGCCAUGCUGCGCCGCCUGGAGAAGCGCAUCUUGGUGCCUCUACCAGACGCUGACGCCUGCAGAGCCAUUCUCUCGGCGCUGCUGCCACGGCCGCACAGGACUGCACGGACGGGCACUGGCCUGCACACACAGGCGCCCACGCAAACAGAUGCUCACAGGGCGGGGAACGAUGGUGGUGCAGAGGUGUGUAAGGAUGGUUCAGCGGAAAACGAGGGUGGAGGAGCAACGGCUGGUCGUGACUGUGUGGGGGUGAAGUGGAGAGGGGCUAACGGGGUGGUGGCGGUGCAAGCCAAUGGCUGCUCUGAUGUGCCUCAGAAUGCGAUGGGGGCGCGGGGGAUUGAUAGCAGCUGGUGCGUGGUUGCACAGAGCAAGGAAAUUGAGGAGCACGGGAUAGGGGAGGCCGAUGGGGGGUGUGGCGGGGAGCGGAGGAGAGAGGAUCAGGGCGUGAGGGAAGAUGAGAAGCAGAGGGAGGAAGCGGGGAGGGAGGAGGAAGGAGAGGGGGCAAGGGAAGAGGCGAGGAAGGAGCAAGAGAGGAGACAGGAGGAGUGGGAGAAGCAAUGGGAGGAGGAGAUCGACUUAGAGGGUGUGGUGGCGGCAACGGAGGGGUAUUCGGGCGCUGACAUGCGGCUGCUGUGCAAGGAGGCUGCCAUGCGCCCCCUGCGCCGCCUCAUGGCCCUCAUUGAUGGGGGGGAGAAUGGGAGGGCGGGGGAGAAAGGCGAGAUGGAGAGGGGGGAGAGGGGGGACAGGAAAGCGAUUGGGGAGCGGGGGGAGAAGGGGGUGAGAGUGAAAAUGGGGGAGGAGGGUUUGGGGGGGAUGAGGGGCAAGGGGGAGGUGACGGAUGGGGUGAGCAGAAGCGGGGGGGUGGAGGGGAGGGAGGGGGAAAGGGCCGAACACGAGCAGGAGCAGGAGCAUGUGCUGGGGCCAAUAACCCAUGAGGACAUGCAGAUGGCUCUGCAAGUGACCAAGGCUCUGGCCGACCAAUCUCUCUCGUCGCGCUCCUCCUUCCGCGGCGCGUCGUCCACAUCAUUUCACCCAGUUCCGCAAUCUGCGACUCCGCGAAUCCGACAGCUGUCGCUGGCCGUCCGAUGCGCAUCUGACGGCGAGGAUGGGGACGGAGGAGGCGGGAGCAAGUCGCGGCUGGGAAGCAUCAUCCGCCGGAAACACGCUACGGUGCAGGCGCGGCUGCAGCAGCUGGGCCAGGACGAGGUGAACCGCCGCCUGGAGGGAGCAGUGCGCCUGCACCCGCCCGCACAGCUCACAGACCUGCUGCUGCGCGGCGCCCCGGGCGCGGAGGGCGGGGGGGGCCUGGAGGGGCCAGGGGGGGCGGAGUGGGGGCGCACGGCGCUGGUGGUGGAGGUGGCGCGCGCACGCCGGUCAGAGUCCCCUGAGAGCCUUGCCAGGCGCUGCCAGCGAUACGUUGCUCUCGGAGCGGACACAGUGAUGGUGUGCUGUGAUGAGGAGAUCUCCCCCGAUGGCCUUGCUGACGUCAGAGCUGUAUCCAGAGCCCUCCCUGGAGUGCCAAUUAUUGUUAAAGACUGGAUGCUGCAUCCCAUUCAGGUGGCAGAAGCAGCAGAUGCAGGGGCGGCAGCCUUUCAUAUAGUGCACGGGGUUCUCAAUAAAGCCACUGCUCCAAUGCUUGCCUUUGCCUUUGGGCUGGGAGUUGACGUGGCAGUAGAGGUGGUGAAUCUGGAAGAAUUGAAGCGACUAGAGCCGCUCGCCAUUCCCCUCUACGGCCUCAACCUCUCUGUUGGGCUCGCAGUGUCGGCACCCGGCUUCAGGCAGAGCGUUGCCAAGUCGCUGCUCUCCUCCAUGCCCUUUGGAGCUGCUGCUCUCGUUGGUGCCUCAUCUGUGGAGGACGUGCGGAUGAUGAAGGCGGCAGGUGCAACGGCAGUUGUGCUCAAAAGAGAGGUGUUUAAAGGGUUGGAGGGCGGUAGCAGGGGGGUGGGAGAGAGUGAGGAGGAGAAGGCCUUGCAAGAUCUGUUUGAGACUCUCAAUUACAUCUUGACUGGCGAUGACUAA